AUGCAGCCUGCAGGACUAGAACAAGAUGAAACCUUUGAUUUCUUGUUUAAGAUUAUUCUUAUUGGAGACACCAAUGUUGGCAAAACCUGCAUAAUACAGAGAUUUAAGACUGGACUCUUCUCUGAGAGGCAACAGAACACUAUUGGAGUGGACUUCACUGUUCGUACGCUCAAUAUUGAGGGCAAAAGAGUAAAGAUGCAAGUUUGGGACACCGCAGGACAGGAGAGAUUCCGCACCAUCACACAGAGCUACUACCGCAGUGCACAUGGAGCAAUGAUCACCUAUGAUAUCACUCGCAAAAGCACUUUCAAUUCUAUACCACAAUGGAUUAGUGAGGUGGAGAAGUUCGGAGCUGCCAACAUCCUCCUUGCUCUGAUAGGUAAUAAAUGUGACCUGGAGUCUGAGAGAGAGGUUCAGUUUACAGAGGCGUGUUCAUUAGCAAAGGAGAAAGAAUUACUAGUCGCACUGGAAACCUCAGCCAAGGAGGCCCAGAAUGUGGAUGAGGGCUUCAUCAUGAUGGCACGUGAGCUACUGGCACGCAACGGACUGGCGGUAAAAGUGAACAAUAAUAAAAUGGAUUCUCAACACAUCUUACUGAGGUCCAAUUCCAGACCGAUUAUCAUCCCUAUACAGAAGAAGCCAUGUGAGUGCUGACACAGGACCAGACUAUAAAAGCAGAGCUGUGCAAUUGAAUAAACUAGUACAUUUAGUGAUUGUUACAUUUUAAAAUAUUAAA